GUCCUCCUACGUGCCUGCGUAUAAGGACGAUGUUGCCCGAGACGUGUGAGUGGUUAGUCGCUGGUCCAAUUUUUCGUUUGUGAGGUUUCUCGGACCUAGAGUGGUGCAAGUGAAGUGUUUUGAGUACUGGCUUUUGUCAGACAGCUAUUGUUUUGUGUAGUUGUUUAUGUGGAGUGUUUUAAAGUUUUCUGAAGUAAGUGAAACCCGAUACUCCGAAAUGGAUACCUCUUCUGAGUACAAUCUCUUCCACUAUGGAUUACAAUGUUCGCUGAAGAUCCCUUAAUAGUCAUUAUUAAGAUUUUUUUUUAAAAAACAUAGCCUGCCAAAGAAGAAUUGAGCCCAAUGUUCUCCAACAAUUCUAGUUCUUUUGAGAUUUCUUCUGUAGCAAAUGGCUCCACACAAAAUUUUGAGGACAAUGGAGUAGUAGUGUCAUGUGGAGCAGGUCAGCAAGCUGGACCUGCUCAAAGCACAUGCAGCAACGAACCUGUAGCCAAGGUGGAGUCCCCUCUGCCUGGUUCCAGUUUCUCUACCAAACCUGUGCCUGACAUGAGAGACUCAAAUAUUCGCUACAAAGACUGGCCAGGCGAUGUGGGAAGCCAAGCGUCAUCAAUGUCAUCCACAUCACUUGCCAGUAGCAUCACCUCUACGGCAGCACAAAGUACUAAAAUUGAAAGUACAAUGCAAGAUGGUCUGUUUUCCAAAGAUGCUCUACCUACCGCUGUGCCCUCUCUCAGUGCCUCCGAGGUAGCUACUUGCAGCAGAAGCCUAGUGAUACCAUUGCACACAGGCUGUGAUCCCUGUGGCUGUUGUAAUCAUCACCCUGAUGACAACUGUGCCAGUUGUUUGAAGUCUGAGGCGUGCAGCCAUGUUUGCAGCCACAAACACACCACUCAGUCCUCUCAAGAGGGCGCUAAUGGGAGCUCCCCUGUGGUUGCUUCCCAAAUGUCUGUGAUAUCCAGCUCAAGUGGCGUGGUGGUGGCCACAGAGAUGGAGUUUCUUCCUCCGUCCCAUUGCACCAGCUCAGGUGCUCUUCAGAGUACCCCUGCCUGUGACAUUGAUUCUUCAAGCAGCAAUAAGCUGCACCUGCAGCGCUUUGAGCCAAGCGAUGCUAAUGGCAACGCAUUGCCUAAUGAGUCAAAGCAGCAUCACCUAAACCAAAUCACACCUGCUGCUAUAACUGAGAUUCUGAAACAGUUCCCAGGCCAUCUCAUUCCUUCCUGGGAGGAGAAACUUACUACUGGUGCUCUUUCUGAUCAGGAUAAUAAUUAUUCUAAGGCUAAUCAUAGUAAUAAUAGUGUUAAGGAACAUUCCCAAAUGGGAGGAGGUGAUGCCAAGCACAGCAACAAUGCCUGGAGUCAAACUCCAUUAAACAUUCCUGAGGCAGAAGGGGAUGGCAAUUCUCGAGUGCCUCAAGCCAUUCAAGCAACGGUCCAGGGUAUUAAUGACAGUAGCAACCCACCUGCAAGCUUUAAUAAUAAUGUUAAUGUUAAUGAUAAAUAUAAUGUUAAUGAUAAUGGAACUGCUUCUGUACUGGACAAGAGUACAGCUUUACUGAAUGACUACGCUUGUUUGAAUCUGCCAUCUGGCAAAGACCUCAAAGCAUAUUUGCUCUCCAAGAACAUGGAUGUACCUUACAACUCGAAUGUGGUCUUCAAAAACCCAAACCAAGACUUACCUAAAAAUGUGAGGAAAGAAGUACUUCCACAGAAAUUCCGUGGUAUAAUUCAAGGGCCAGCCAGUAAUGCAAGAUGGGGUAUUCCUCAAGGACUUGGUCUUCGAGGUGGUGGUGAGAGCUCUCUGAACAAUGGAACAACUGGCUGGGGUACACCCCCAAGUGGAAAUAAUAACUCGAACAACAAUGCCAACAACAGCAAUAAUAAUCCAGGAGCUAAUUCUGCAGCUGCAGCUGGUUGGGGUACUGCAAAUUCUACUCCUAACCCUGGUAAUAAUCCAGGUGGCCAAGCUCAAUGGGGUGCACCCAACAACAACAGACCAAAUUCAGGGAACAAUCAAAACGCUGGUGCUCCCCCAAAUGCAGGUCAAUCGCCACCUCAAUCAAAUGCUCCAGGUCAGCCUACUCCCACACCUCAAUCAGGUCCACAAGGUCAGCCCAACCAACCUGCUGGACCACAGCAGGUGCCUCCUGGACAGCCGCAGCCUCAGCCCAAUGCCACUCAGCCUCCUCCAACGUCCCAGCCGCCGCCUCAGAAUGGCUCAAACCCAUGGAGUCAGGCAGGAGGUGAUCUGGGACCCAAUCAGCCGCCACCUGCCGGGGGACCAGCCAAUAACAACAAUGGUGGCCCACCUGGAAAUGGAUCAGGGGUGCCAGGAGGUUUGCCACCCACUAGUGGAACGACUACGCCUUCGACUCCAUCAACAAAGCAACAAUUGGAGCAGUUGAACACAAUGCGUGAAGCACUCUUCAGCCAAGAUGGAUGGGGUGGACAAAAUGUCAACCAAGAUACUGGCUGGGACAUCCCGUCAUCUCCUGAGCCUGCCACCAAGGAAAAUAAUGGUGGGCCUCCUGUUUGGAAACCUAAUGCCAAUAAUGGAACCGACUUGUGGGAAGCUAACUUGCGCAAUGGCGGCCAGCCACCUCCCCAAACCCAACAGAAGACUCCAUGGGGACACACCCCUACGACCAACAUUGGCGGCACUUGGGGGGAGGAUGAUGAAGUCAGUGACAGCUCCAACAUGUGGACCGGAGUGCCUGCCAACCCAGGCCCUGGUGUUGGUCCAGGCGUGGGUCCUGGCCCACAGUGGAACACAGGUGGACCUGGAGGACCUGGACCUGGAGGCCCCGGUCCUGCGGGAGGCAUGUGGGGAGGUCCCCCUAAAGAUGACUGGAACCGUGGCAGCUCCAACUGGGGUGAGCCUCGCGGCGACCCCCGCGGCGGAGACCCGCGCAUGGGCGGCAUGGACGGCAUGGGCGACCCUCGCGACAUGAGGGGCGUCGGCGCCGGCAUGGACCCUCGCGACAUGAGAGGAAACGACCCGCGCGACAUGAGGGGAGUGGACAUGCGCGGUGACCCGAUGCGCGGGCCCAUGGACCCCAUGCGCGAUGGUUUGCGCGACCCGAGGGAUUUGAGGGGAAUGGGAGACAUGCGCGGUGGCGACCCGAUGAUGCGCGGCGACCCGAGAGGCAUCAGCGGACGUUUGAAUGGCGGUGUGAAUGAUCCGUCCAUGUGGGGCCAGCCCCCGCAGCCGCCGCACCACAACAUGCCGCUGCACCAGCAGUCUCAGCCGCCCCGCGUCGGGCCCGGCGUCGGCUCCGGAGGCAACUUCCCCGGAGGCGUCAACCAGUGGGCGGGCCCGCCGCCCAAGGACAUGGGCAUGCCAGGGGUGGGCUCCAAGCCUUCCGGCUGGGAGGAACCAUCCCCGCCGGCUCAGCGCCGCAACAUUCCCAACUAUGACGACGGCACGUCGCUGUGGGGACAACAGCAGAACCGCGGCGGCGGCGGUGGUGGAGGCGGAGGCGGUGGCGGCGGCGGUGGUGGUGUUGGUGGAGGGAAAGUGUCUCACUGGAAGGACAUGCCUGCACCAAACAUGGGUCGAUCCAUGCAGGGUUGUCCUCCAGGUAUGCCUCAGAACAGAAUGCCCGGCAGUAAUGCUGGCAACAUGAAGCCUGAUGGUCCCUUGUGGUCUCAUCCAGGCCGCAAUGGAUCUUGGGAUGGUCCUCAUGAUGGCGCUGCUGGCAAUCCUUGGGUCGAAGAUCCAAAGAGUGGUUUGGGUGGGAUGAACAAUUGGAAUGAGCCUCCACUUACCCCAUCAUCCUGGGGUGGUCCCAAACCCAAGAAUCCCAUGAAUCCUGGUGGUUGGAUGGAAGGUGACAUGGAUGGAUCAUCAUGGGGUCAGCCUCCCAAAUCAGGUCCCAAACCUAUGACGAAGGAAAUGAUUUGGACCAGCAAGCAGUUCCGCAUGCUCACUGAGAUGGGUUUCAAGAAAGAUGAUGUUGAGAAUGCUUUGCGAGGAUCGAACAUGAAUUUGGAAAACGCACUUGAAAUGCUAAAUGCCAGUGGCAGAAUGAAUAUGGAUGCUUGGCGCGGCCAUGAGGAUCAUGGAUUCGACAUUGGUGGUAGCAAUCAUCCAGCAGGAGGCUCUGGUUCUGCAUUUUCCGCACGUGGAUUCCCUCACAGCGCUCCACCGAUACCUUUUGCUCCGCCGGGUGGUCCGGGUCUGAACAACCAGCCUAGUCUUAUCAACAUGAAUAAUGCCAAUCCUAGUCUCACCAACAUUAGUCCUGCAUUGGUUCAGAAAAUGUUGAUGCAGCAGCCUCCGCCCCAGCAACCACCAUCACAACAGAGUGCGCCAUUCAAUCAGUCGCAGCGCAACUCUCAAAAUCAACCAUCUGCUCAGCAACUACAGAUGUUGGUUAAGCAAAUCCAGAUGGCUGUAGGAGCUGGAUAUUUGAACCAGCAAAUUCUCAAUCAGCCCUUGUCACCUCAAACUCUUCUUCUGCUCAAUCAGUUGCUGCAGCAAAUUAAGGUUCUUCAAAACCUCACUCAACAGCAUGCCGUGGCAUCUACACAGAAGGGUAAUCCAGCCAUGCUGGCCAUAUCUGUUCAGCUUACUAAAACUAAACAACAAAUCAGCAACUUGCAAAACCAGAUUCAGGCUCAGCAGGCAUUGUAUGUAAAACAUAUGCCACAGCAGCCGCCUAAUCAAGACUACUUCAAACCAAACAUGCAUGACCCUAUGAAUACCAUGCCCAAUUUUGCUGAUCUCACAAUCAGCAAAGAACCACAGGUUAUGAAUGACCAGUCAUUCCAAAGCCAGCAGUCGCGCCUCAACCAGUGGAAAUUACCAUCCCUAGACAAAGAUACUGAUGGUUUGGGUAAUGAAUUCAGCCGUGCUCCAGGCACCACCAGCAAAGCCCCUGGUCUGUCUCAGAGCCAUUCAUCUCCCAACAUAAACCCUAUCCUCAGUCAGGGUGAUGGACCAUGGGCAAGUGUCAGCCGCUCCAACUCUGACACUGGUUGGCCAGACUCUGGCAGUAUUGAAAGUGGCCAGCCAGAUAAAGAUUGGCCUAUUACACCACAGUCCAAUUCUUUCUCUGAUUUGGUCCCAGAAUUUGAGCCAGGAAAGCCAUGGAAGGGCAACCAGAUGAAAUCAAUUGAAGACGAUCCCAGCAUUACACCAGGGUCAGUGGUUCGCUCACCACUGUCCCUAGCAGCCCUCAAAGAACCAGAAAUGUUCUCUGCCGGAGGUGUCAGCAAAACAUCACCUACUUCAUCUGGAGCUGAAAUUCUUCCACCUCUGAGUCUCUCAUCAUCAACUUGGAGCUACAAUAAUACUGCUUCUUCUACUGCCUCCUCCUUUGCCAGCCCACUCAGCAAGCUGGCGUCGAAGGGCCCCUGGGGCGACGGGCCGGUGCCCACAGCCGUCACCUCUGAGCUGUGGGGCGCGCCGCAGAACAAGCCCCGCGGACCGCCACCGGGACUGAGCAGCAAGAACCCGAAUGGCAACGGCGGCGGCAACGGUGGCGGCGCUGGGGGCGGUGGCGCUGGCGGGGCAGGUCAAGGCGGCGGCUCGGCGUCGAGCGGCAGCAGCACGAGCAGCAAUGGUUGGGGCCGCGGAGGCGGCGCGGGCUCCGGCUCUGGCGGCGCAUCGUCGUGGGGCAUUCAGGGUGGCGCAGGUGCGACGCCCGGGGCGGGCACCACUGGAACUGCGGGCUGGGGCUCUACGUGGCUCCUCCUUAAGAAUCUCACACCACAGAUUGACGGGUCCACUCUGAAGACGCUAUGCCUUCAGCAUGGGCCUCUUCAGAGCUUUCAUUUGUACCUGAACCAUGGUAUUGCACUCGCCAAAUACCAGAGCCGUGAAGAGGCUAAUAAGGCCCAAGCGGCACUUAACAACUGCGUCCUAAGCAACACAACGAUAUUUGCUGAGUCUCCAGCUGAAAGUGAAGUCCACAACCUUCUAUCUCAUCUUGGUGGGCAUAAUACAUCUCAACAGCAACAGAGUGGUGGUUCUGCCCCCAAUUGGGGGAUGCGCUCCUCUAGUGGAGGGGCUGGGGCCAACUCGGGAGCUCCUCCUGCUCCUGGGAAGGCCCCUCAGUCCUCACAGGACACAUGGGGAUCUAGUGGAGGUAGUAACAGUAGCCAAUUAUGGUCAAGCCCUCCAACAAGUAGUGUGCUGUGGGGAUCUUCGCCCAUGGACUCAAGUGGCGACCAGCAUCGUGCUACUCCCUCUGCUUUCCUUCCUGGUGACCUACUGGGAGGGGAGUCUAUGUGAGGUGAGAAAGUCCCACAUUAUCCAUCGCAGUUUCUGUAAUGUAAGGCAUUGUACAAUCACUGACUGACAUAUCUCAAUUGAAAGCGAUUCCUGUGGUUUAUGGUCUUCUAGAAAAUAAAGUUGACCAAAGGAUAAGAAGCCUGUUCUCAAAACCAGUCAGUGCUUUCAUUGACAUAACUGAAAGCAGUUACCUAAAUUUAAGGCUCAGAGAAUUAAUCUAAGUGUUGUUUACAAUGAUUUAUCAUGUUUAGUAUCCCCUGGCUCUACCUGUGAUCUCAACUACCUUAAUCAAACGGCUGCUUUUUCCCUGUUGUUGUUUAUUAAUCUGAUUAUUAAUUGUAGAAGGGAAACUCUCCAAAAAAAGAAAAAAAAACAACAUAUUUUUUAAAAAAACGAGAGUUUCUUUUUAUGCAAACAGACUGCACGCCCAAGUAUAUUUAACUGUUUACCUUUCCAUUGUUAUGAUUUAUGUUUUGUUCACCUUCCAAGUUUCACAGAGAGCCGGCCAUUUUGAGUCUCAUAUAAACCUAAAAUGGCUGUACAAAUCGUCAACCUUUUGUAUUCACAACCAUGUGCUGUGACGUUCAUGUGUCGUUUUUGUCUUAGAUGUGUGAUGAAAUUGCUUUUGUAGUCCAUUUCUCUCUCAAGUUAUUAAUGUAGUCAAGUCUUUAAUUGGUGCAACAAAAUCACAAAUCAUCACAUCAAUGCUUCUUUAAAGUGGCAUUGACCUUUCUAAGUUUUAUUAUUUUAUUAUAAAUUAUAUGUGUAAUGUGUAUCAGGGUUGGAACCCUACAGAGGCUCCACAUUCAAAGAUUACUCUAAGUACUUGCAUUAGCUAAUUGAUGAUUUCAUGUGUAUAUGUUUUGAAAUGCCAACUGUAGUGCUUAGUUGAUGUGACCGAUCUAAGUUUACUGAGUAGUGAAAUUAUGAGAUUUGAAUUUGUGGUAAAUGGAAUGUGCUUUACUGUUGUUUCCUCUCUGCCAAUACUUGUACCAAAUAUUAUAUUAAACAGGAAACAUGUUUUACCUAAUUUCUAAGGGUACGAUAAUGUCAAUAGUAAGUAAGAUUUUAAUUUAGAAGUAAAGGAAAUUAUACGAUAAAGAUAUGGGGGAAGAGAAGUAACAAUUAACAAAAUGAGCAUUCUCCCCAAGUGUAGACUAAUGUCUUGGGACUCAACAAAUUGUGACUUAGGUCACAUCGCUUCUUGAAUGUGAUAUAGCAACUAUAAUGGACCUGUGAAAUAAACAAACCCUUGUCAAUUGUGACUUACUUGAGUGAGUGUGAAGAGUUGAACAGAGAGAGAGAAAUUCAAUGAAUACGUACACACAUCCUGUUUGGCUGUUGUCUUUAAUAUAUUGAAGAUCAUAGAGAUAUAUAAAUAUAUAUAUAUUAUAUUAUAUUCAUGAAACAUAUAAUUAACUAAUAUGCCUAGAUUCCUAGAACUGAUGUUUUAUUAAAGUACAAGUGUUCAAGUCAUGUGUUUUUCCUCGUAGUGAAAAACAUACCAGCAUUUUGCUUGAUGAUUUCAUGUGUUAAGAGGUUGUAUGGUGUCUUGCUGGAGACUACCAAGACCAUCUAUGCCUUUUCAAAAGUAAUACAUAAAGCAUAUUUGUUUGUGUUCUGUGUUUAGUGCUUUCUGGUAUUACCUCUGUGACCAAAAGAAUGUUAUGGUCUUGUGAUGCAAUUUCUAUUAAUCUAUCAGAUUCAAAAGUAGAGUUAUGAUAUUUUGCGUGUGAAUGUGGCUAUUGAAACUCUUCAGUUAACUGUGAAGCUCAGCUUUAGUAGAAUUGAUGUUAAAUUUGUUAAGAGCUACUCUUAAAGAAAUCUUGCACAAAUGAAGUUGGACUAGUUGAUAUGGGUUACUGUCCGUCACCUGUGAAAGCAUGAAUUUGAGGCAUGUACCAUUUCUUAGUAUUUUAUAUCCCAACAGUAUUUUGUGAUGUCAGUGCCACCUUGUUGAAGUUAAUACAUGUCAGAAUAUUAAUUGAUUUGUGUGCUUUAAUAAUAUUAUUGAAUGUAGUUAUAAUAAGCUCGUUCAUUGACAUUGGAAAUGUUAGUGUUACUUCUUCAUGGUAAAUCAUAAAAUUUAAUUUUGAUGAAUUACAUGAGCCAUAUCAAUUAUAUGAGAACUAGUUUCCUGAAUACUGCUUGUUUUAAAGUAUAUCUUGUGACUUCAAAAGUGAGAUGGUCUGUUAUAACAAGUCUGCCAAAAUGUGUUUUCUUUCUUUUUUUAUUAUUAUUUUGUAAUAAUAGAUUUUUUUAAUAAUUGAAAUUGACUCUCUAAUACUUUUGAUAGCAGUAGUGUACAUAGAUUGGUAGUUGGUUUUAACUAAUAACAAGAGCAAACGCCAAAAUUUGACCAAGUAUUUUCUUUAUUUUAUUGUUUUGUUUUACUGUGCAUUACAUUGAUGGUUAAGAAAAACAAGCUUGGUGCAUAGUUGUAAGAAUUGGCACUGAUAUUUUUCUUCCAGUGAUCUUACAUGUGAAGAUAUGUGUAUUACUUCGUAGGUACAAAAUUACUAUUGAACACGCCUGUAUGUUACUUGUUCAGAAGCUCUGUAUGUAUUAGUGCAUUUUCAUGUUGUGUGCAUCAACCAGCAUUGCAGGAAUCUGGCUUAAGUCACCUAGUAUUUUGCCAAUACUUAAUUGUAUUUUUACCUAUGAAUGAAGUUGUCAAUGUCUAUAAAAUCCACCAACCGUGCUAAAACAAAAAAUGGAAAAAAAAAAGAUUAAAAGACACUGAAAAGACAAGUCUCCGAGAAUCAGUACUGAUAGCUGCAAUGCUCUCUGAGAGAUUCUUCAAUACUCUUCAGGCCUGCCUGCCCUGUUGGUUCAAUUUUGCCCAGCUGGUUUCUGAUAUGUUAGGUUGGGUUUCUGGGUUCUCUUAUGCACCUAAUAUCACUGGGUAAAUUAAAUGUUUGUAAAUAUUUGGUUGAAUGUAAAUUCCUCCUAGCCGUUAAGUGUUACUUAAGAUAAAGGGUUUUAGUGUUCCAUUUAUUUGAUGUGUGUUAAUGAAUUUUCAGAUGUGCAGGUUAACAUGUCAGCCACCAUUUGUGAUAGCAAAUUAAGUUGAUGUGUUGAACACUGUUCAAGGAGCGCCUUCCUAUAAUAGAGCAUUGAUACUUAGUUGUAAGCAAGAUUUUUAAAACUGUUUGCUUGAUAUUAACAAAAGACUUAGGGGGUCAUGCAAAUGCAAAACUGGAACUUGUGCCAUGUGGUCUCUAGUGUGACCUGAAACUUAAAAUAUAAAUUUAAAGCACUCUUUCAUCCAGAUUGUUUUCCUGCUUAUGCUUAGAUAACUAGGUAUCCAGUUCCAUCUCAUUUGACCCCCUCCCCUUUCUCCAAUAUAUUCUUGUGACAGAAAAGCCAUUGUACUUGUAGAUGUAGAUUUUAGAUUACCAGUACAAGUUAGGGUUGAUAUGGGAAAGAUCAGGAUUAAAGCACUAGUUAGUAUAAAUGGAAUGUCUGGUAUAGUUUGAAUUGUUUUGUUUUUCUGUUAUGUUUUCAAAGCAUGUUUGUGUCUUGUUGACUGGUGUGCUUUUGUUACCAGACUCCCUUUAAUGUUAGUUAAUUUAAUAAGCUCCAGGUUCUUCAGAUCUACUUACUCCUUCCGUCUGCCAGAGGAUAGGUGUACUGCACUGGUUAGACACUCCUGAGAAAUGUGCCUGACUGACACACUACUAGUCUCCUAGCUGUUAAAUCAGUAAUUCUUAAAAUUAUCUAAGGUUUACAAAUUUGUUUUAUACUGGCAUUUUUAAUACAAUCAUGGGUAUACUUAAAGAAAAUGCACAAGUCUUUUAUCAAUAAUAUUGACUUUUCUAUAUUUUUAUUUCCAACUUUUUCUUUUUCCCUUGUUUUUUUUUUUUUUUUUGGUAGACAGUUUGGUUAUGGUUGCGUUUGAAUGACAUUUGGACCCAGCAACAUGAAGAACAUGUUCAUAAAUGUGUUCAUUGUUGCUUGUGAUACUGUGACUUGUCUGAGAGGACUACUGCAACUUUUGAGUGGUUAUUUUGUGUUUUCAUGUCACUAUUUAAUACCAAUUAUUAUCAUUGGAUGUUCGUUUAUUUUGUAAUAAAUUUAAAGAAAAUAGUUCUGUAA